AUGGCAACAGCACCGCCUAUUAUUGACUUUGGAGUUUGGAACGAAGCCGAUCCAGAAAAGAAAGCAACCCUCGUCCGGCAAAUUCGAGAAGCGUGCGAGAGACAUGGAUUCUUCCAGCUGGUCAACCAUGGCAUUCCCCUUGACAUUCAACAGAAUGUUCUCGAGCAAGCCCGGGCCCUUUUCAGUCUUCCAGCUGAGGUGAAAGAGAAAUACAGCAUGGGUAACAUCGGCACACCGAACCUGGGGUAUGAACACCUUCGCGCACAGAACUUCGAGAAACGAGGACCCGGCGACUUAAAAGAAGGGUUUUACCUCUGCCGAGAGCUGGCUCCGGACCAUCCCGCCGUGAAGGCUGGGAAGUUCUCGCAGGGUGCAAACAAAUAUCCGGCGGAAAUUGAAGACCCAGCGCAGUUUCGCGCUGUGGUAAAUGACUACCACAGCCUCAUGACCUACCUAUCUGUAGAGAUCUUCCGCAUACUAGCAUUGACAUUAGAGCUGCAAGAGGACUGGUUCGACGAGUUCUGCCGCGACUCAGCGACCAUUCUGCGGUUGUUGCACUACCCGCCGCAGGAAACAGACGAAUCAAGUUUGGAGCGAGGCAUCGGCGCGCAUACGGAUUUCGGCGGCCUCACUAUCCUACUGCAAGACGAUAUAGGCGGACUUCAGGUCUGGGACCGCGAGGCAUCUCAAUGGGCAGAUGUUGAUCCUGUUCCCGGCGCGUUGGUGGUCAACCUGGGAAACAUGAUGAUGCGCUGGACGAACGAUCGAUAUUUAUCCAACCUCCACCGAGUGAUCAACAGAAGUGGAGAGGAGCGAUAUAGUGCGCCGUUCUUCUUUUCGGGCAAUCCGGACUAUCUGGUGGAGUGUAUUCCGAGUUGCAAAGGGGAAACGGAGGCGGCCAAAUACCCUCCCAUCACAGUGCAAGAGUGGAUGUUGGCGCGGUAUGCAGACACGUACGGGAACUCGCAGCAGAUUGAAGCUAUGGCGGAGUUAUCAACCGAUACGGGGAACGCGAUCGUUGAAGAUCGGAACGUAGACUGA